AUGGUGCUGCAGUUUCGUUCAUACGAGGAGAGAGACCUUCUCGCUGCUUCGCAAUCUCUUCUUAUCCUCCUCAUAACUCUCUUCUUUUGCUGUGGAGAAGAGUCGGGUGUUAGGCACCCUUUCGACGCACAACUCCUUGUCGAAAUGUGGGAUGUAAAGCAUCGCCUCGCGGCGACUGGGCUCUUUUUGGAGCAGGAGCUCACCCACACGAUCCCACCAUGGGAGAAAUGGGCAAUGGUCUCUGCGAAGCGAAGAACAAUACUGGGUCUCCAUCACCUCGAAUGGGCAUGGUCACUUCUACAUGGCUAUCCGAUACUCACCUGCUUUGAACUUGGGCCGCUACCAGCCCCUGCACCGGGAUACCUUUGGCGAGAAACCGAUAAAGCAAAGUGGGAGCAUCUCUAUAGCGAAUGGCUUCGGCAGUGGAAAGAUGGAAGUUACAAAACGGGAGAGUUAUUCGAUAUUGAUCCUGGAGGCAGUCUUGACGACAGGACUGAAAUGUGGCUUGCAGAAGCAGACGAAUAUGGCGUCAUGUUGAUGGCGGAAGGUAACAUUCACACAAAUGCCUAA